AAUUAGUGAAAAUAAUAUUUGGGACUUUUUCAAUGUCUUCAAGUUAUUCGAAAAUUUGGGCUGAAGCGCAAGUUUAGGGCAGAUUGGUAAAUAUAACAUGGUGAGUCAGUUAAUAACGAUUCAGCUUCGCGCGGUAGUUUUAAUUCAGAGGCCAAUAUUGAAGAAGCCGACGCCAUAGUCAUACAUAUUUUCUUGUAAAAUUUCAAAUACAGAGACGGAGAGGAAGGAUGUUCUCUCCAUCUCUGCAAGAGGGUUCAAAUUGGUUGCCUUAUGAAGUUGUGCUGUUCCUAGGUAGAUUCUAUAUUUGGGAUUCUACCUGAUUCAUAUGCUUUGGAUUUUGCGGUCAACGAGAAUAAAUUUCAUACAACUAAGGAACAGCCACAAAGAAGAAUUUUGUAAGAAACCCAAAUAAAUCAUUGACAAUUUGAACGAACAGUUUGUGCACAUGGAGCUAGUGAAGAAGAAUCUUGGAAAAAUUACAAACAUUCCUUGAAAACGACUCUCAUUUUUAGUUUCUACUAGUUAAAAAAUAUUGUCUCGCAACUAUUUUUUUUUUUAAUUAAUUUGCAAGCUAUUUUAUAUUUGGGAAGACUUUUGACAGACUGUAAUUGGGGACCAUUUGGGAAAAGUUCAAAUGAAGUAUUAAAUUUCCAUAAACAACUGUUACCUUGUUUGUUUCGUAGAAUACUAAUAGCUGAUGAUUGACGAUUUGUGUUUUAUAUGACUUGUUUGAAUUAAAAAUAAGUCAAAUUAAGAUAUGGGUGUCUGGGAUGAGACAGAACACAGAGGAAAUGGUGGGUUGAUUUAGCACUAAUCCAUGAUUAGUCUGUUGAUGCAGAUGAUUGUAAGGUAUGAAGAAAGUUAUGUGGCCCUUGUGUUUUGUAGAAGACCAUCAAUUGCUUUAUUAUUGAACCUGAAUGGUGAUUCAUCACUUGAAUAGUGAAGAAAAAGUUGUGAGGUGGUGAGGAAAAAAAAAAGCAAAAAAUACAGUCUUGGUCAAAGUACUUUGAUUUCUUUGUAGAUGGUCGCAUAUUAUAUAUGUACUUUAGAGUUCGUUUUGUGAAGAAAGGAAAAGUUGAAGAUGGGAGCAGCCAAUGAGGAGGAGCCCAUGCAAGGACCAAGCAGCAAUGUCGAAAGAAUUUUUGUUUCAGUUCGAUUGCGGCCUUUGAAUGAGAAGGAAAUUGCUAGAAAUGAUGUGUCAGACUGGGAAUGCAUCAAUGAUACCACUAUCAUAUACAGGAACAGUCUUACGGUUGCUGAAAGGUCCAUGUAUCCAACUGCUUAUACAUUUGACAGGGUGUUUAGUCAUGAUUGCACUACAAGGAAGGUGUAUGAGGAAGGAGUCAAGGAGGUGGCUCUUUCAGCAGUCAGUGGCAUAAACUCAAGUGUUUUUGCUUAUGGGCAAACAAGCAGUGGAAAGACGUACACAAUGACUGCAAUCACUGAGUACAGCAUGGCAGAUAUAUAUGACUACAUAGAUAGCCACAAAGAAAGAGUAUUCAUUUUGAAGUUCUCUGCUAUGGAGAUUUAUAAUGAAUCUGUUAGAGACCUUCUCAGUACAGACAGCACUCCACUUAGACUCCUCGAUGAUCCAGAGAAAGGAACUAUUGUUGAGAAACUCACAGAGGAAACUCUGAAGAGCUGGAGUCAUUUUAAGGAUCUUCUAUCCAUCUGUGAAGCUCAAAGGCAGAUUGGGGAGACUUCUCUGAAUGAAACAAGCUCCAGAUCUCAUCAGAUCUUGAGACUGACAAUUGAAAGCUCUGCACGUGAGUCCUUUGGCAAUAGUACUAGCUGCCUUGCAGCCACUGUGAAUUUUGUUGAUCUUGCCGGAAGUGAACGUGCUUCUCAGGCUUUAUCAGUUGGCACAAGAUUGAAAGAAGGUUCCCACAUAAAUCGUAGUUUACUGACACUAGGAACUGUUAUCCGUAAGCUAAGCAAGGGAAGAAGUGGACAUGUUCCUUAUAGAGAUUCAAAGCUAACUCGCAUACUGCAGUCCUCCUUAGGAGGAAAUACUAGAACUGCCAUCAUCUGUACCCUGAGCCCUGCACGAAUUCAUGUUGAGCAAUCCAGGAAUACCCUCUUGUUUGCAAGUUGUGCUAAAGAAGUGGCUACUAAUGCACAAGUCAAUAUAGUCAUGUCUGAUAAAGCACUGGUAAAACAUUUGCAACGAGAAUUGUCUAGAUUGGAGAAUGAGUUGAGAACUUCAGGAGCAAUUUCUAAUAUAUCUGAUUAUGCUGCAAUUCUCAGAGAAAAAGACAUCGAAAUAGAAAAGCUAAAAAGAGAAUUAAGUGAGAUGACUCUGCAACGAGACUUGGCUCUUAGUCAAGUUGAGGAUCUACUACAAGAGGCCAGAAAUAGAUCAAAGGAUAGAACUCCAAUGGUGGUAUAUGCAGGUCUUGAUCAUCAGUACCCAAAAUUGCGAAUUCGAAAUUCAUUGGAUUCUCCAAAGUCGGAGACCCCUGUUUUUGAGGACCCUCCCUAUCUAGGUAUCAGUGUUAGAUCUUCUGAUGAAUCUCCAUACUCAAAUGGACACAGCAGGAGUAGUUCUGCCAUCUUACAACAGAAUUCCCCUGGCUCUUGUUCCUUUCAAGAGGGCAAAGUGAGUGUUCCCAACUUUGUUGGAAUUGAUCUGUCUCAGGAGGAGAUUGAGGCAGAAAUUAACGAAAAUGUAGAGGACAUUUACAAGGAUGUUCGAUGCAUUCAGACUGAAGAAAGCUCAAGUAGAUAUUCAGACUCAAAUGUUUCAGAGUCUAGCAUCAAUAGGUAUAGAGAUUCAAAUGCAACAUGUAAUGAAGUAAAGCCAGCUACCACUGGAUUGACUGAGGCUGAGGAUGAAGAAGUGAAGCCAGCUACCUCUGGAUUGACUGAGGCUGACUAUGAAGAAGUGAAGCCAGCUACCUCUGAAUUGACUGAGACUGAGAAUGAAGACAGAGAAAAGAGAGAGAUGAGGUCACCGACCUUGAAAGAAGAGAAAGGGUGGAAGAACAUCCUUCCAGAUUCUGUUUUUCCUACCCCAAAAGAACCAUCUCCACAGUUGUUCGAAGAAGACAUGAGUAGCUCAAGAAAUUUCAAGUUAGGAAGGAGUAGCAGUUGUAAAGCGAGACUCAUAACUAGCGUGUCUUUAGAUCCAUUUGAGAGCCUGCACAGAAAAUUUUCUGCACUGAGAUAUGCUGCUGACUCAGAGAACUUGUCAAGAAAUGAGCCAAUUGCAAAGAAUGUUGAAAUUUCAGAUGGUGCAGAAAGUACCAGUGAUAGCACCUUCAUUUUGUCCAAAGAGGGAUGCACUGAUCCUCAGGAUGAGCAGCAACUCGCUGUUUGUGAGGAGGCAGAAACAAAGCCCGUUGAACCUGCAAAGAGUGUGAGAGAUGUUGGCUUGGAUCCAAUGGAGACUGAACUGAUAGACACUUUGAAGUGGCCUGAUGAAUUCAAGAGAUUACAAAGAGAGAUUGUUGAACUUUGGCAUGAUUGUAAUGUCUCAUUGGUUCACAGGACCUACUUCUUCCUUGUAUGUAAAGGAGAUCCAAAAGAUUCGUUGUUCGUGGAGGUAGAGCACAACAGACUGUCCUUUCUAAAGGAAACAUUUUCUAGGGGUAAUGAAUGUGUAGAAGACGGUAAAACUGUGUCCCGAGAUUCAAGCUUAAAGGCUCUACAAAAAGAGAGGUAUAUACUUAGCCAGAAAAUGCAGAACAAGCUCUCCAAGGAACAGAGACACAACCUAUUCCUGAAAUGGGGUAUUGGGUUAAAAACAAAGCAUAGGAGAUGGAAGUUAGCCAAUCUCUUAUGGAGUGAUCCAAAAGACUUGAACCAUGUAGCAGAAAGUGCUUCUGUCAUCGAGAAGCUGAUUAAUUUUACAAAGCCAGAGCACAUUUUAAAGGAGGCCUGUAGUCUCAGCCUCACAUCACGGCCCUCAAAAAAGAAGUUUAAAUUUUUUAGAAGCAAUGCUAAGUCUCUCCUGUAAGUUGAUUGUUGACAGCUCUAUCGGUAAUAUUUCCAUCUCACUUGUUGAUUUCUCAAUCUUCACUGAUUUUUUGUAUCUUAUUUUCUGGUUUGAUGCAGUUCUUUUUGUGAAAAAGUUGUAAACCUCAAGCUACAAAAAUGAUGUAUAUUUUUAAAGCUAAUAUCUCAAAGUGAGAUUUUUUUUCCUUUUUUAAAAA